GAGAAGGAGGAGUGUUCAUCGGCGGACAGUCAGGCAGGAGGACCGCAGUCCCGACGGCAGUUUUGGAGGCUCCAAGCGGGAUAAAACUGCGUCCAAUACGGGGAGAACCCAGCAGGGAUAAUCCGACAUGAGUUGGGGAACGGAGCUCUGGGACCAGUUUGAUAAUCUGGACAAACACACUCAGUGGGGGAUUGAUUUUCUGGAGCGCUAUUCAAAGUUUGUCAAGGAAAGGCUGGACAUUGAGCAAAGCUAUGCCAAGCAACUACGGAGCUUGGUGAAGAAAUAUUGCCCGAAACGCUCCAAGGAGGAGGAGCCAAGGUUCACAUCAUGUGUGUCGUUCUACUCCAUACUCAAUGAACUUAACGACUAUGCCGGUCAGAGGGAGGUGGUGGCGGAGGAGAUUGCUCACAAGGUGUACGGAGAGCUGAUGAGCUACAGUCAAGACCUCAAAGCUGAGAGGAAGCAUCAUCUUCAGGAGGGCAGGAAGGCCCAGCAGUAUUUGGAUCAUAGCUGGAAACAGAUGGACAACAGUAAAAAGAAGUUUGAGAGGGAGUGUAAAGAAGCAGAGAAAUGCCAGCUGACCUUCGACCGGUUAGAUAAUGACAUCAACGCCACCAAAUCCGAAGUGGAGAAGGCCAAAGCCCAGUUAUACCUGCGGACUCACAUGGCCGAUGAGAGUAAGAACGAAUACGCCGCUCAGCUACAGAACUUCAACGGAGAGCAGUGGAAACAUUUCAACAACGCCAUUCCACACAUCUUCAAGAAUCUGCAGGACAUGGAUGAACGUCGGACGGUGAAGCUGGGCGAGACGUACCGGAGCUUUGCGGAGGCGGAGCGGAGAGUCAUUCCCAUCGUCUCCAAAUGUCUAGAAGGAAUGGUUUCGGCCGCCAAAGCUGUCAAUGAACGAAAGGAUUCAGUCAUUGUCGUGGAGUCUUUCAAGUCCGGCUUCGACCCUCCAGGCGACUUCCCCUUCGAGGACUUCAGUCAGAAUCUGAGCAGGUCGGGUUCCGACGGGACCAUCAGCAACACGCCCAAAGGAGAACGAGACAAAGACGGGGGCCCGGCGCCGAGAUCAGACCCGAAACAUCCUAUGAGCAGAACCAAGAACAAGCUGUGGCUGUUUGGGAAGAAACCAAAGUCCCCUUCCUCCUGUCCUCCUCCUCCUCCUCCAUCAUCUUCCUCCCCCCGCUCCUCCUCCUCCUCCCGUCCCCGUCCCCGGUCCACCUCCCACCCAUUCCCUGCAUCCCGGUUCGGUUCUGACCUUGUGAGCCACUAUCUGUCUGAGAUAAAGACUACAGUACCCAGAAUACCCCAGAAUUUGAGGGCCCUGCGGAGAGGGGCGCCGUCUCUGGAGGAUUUCAGUCACCUCCCCCCCGAGCAGAGGAGGAAGAGGCUGCAGCAGAAGAUCGACGAGCUCAACAGAGAGCUUCAGAAAGAGCAGGAUCAGAGAGAUGCCUUGAACAAGAUGAAGGACGUGUACGAGAAGAACCCACAGAUGGGAGACCCCGUCAGCCUGCAACCCAAAAUAUCAGAGACCAUUUGUAACAUGGAGAAACUGCGCUCGGAACUCCACAAAAACGAGACUUGGUUAUCUGAGGUGGAGGGAAAGCACAGCUCCAGAGGAGACAGGAGACACAGCGCAGACAAUCACCAUCAAGCCCCUCAAGGCAGAGAAAGCCCUGAAGGCAGCUACACAGACGACACCAGUCAGGAGCAUCACACGCCUCACCCCCGCCGCCCCAGUCCCGCACAGCCCGGGAACCCCAACCCGGACCCUCACGAGUUUGACGAUGAAUUCGAUGACGACGACCCGCUGCCGGUCAUCGGACACUGCAAAGCGCUCUACUCUUUUGGAGGUCAGAACGAGGGGACGCUGGUGAUGGCAGAAGAGGAGGUGUUGUACAUCAUCGAGGAGGACAAGGGCGACGGCUGGACGCGGGUCAGGAAGCAGAGCGGCGAGGAGGGCUACGUCCCCACCUCCUACGUAGAAAUCACCAUGGAGAAAAACAGCAAAGGUGCUGUCACCUACAUCUGACUCCACACUGUCCUCCGCCCUCCGCUCCAUCCCUCUGUCAUUCUCUCCAUCUCUCCGCUUUCUCCUCCUCCACAUAACACUACAAAGGAAAAACAAAAAAAAGACAGCAUCUAAACACCUGCAUGGACGUUCAUCUCUUUCUUUUGUCCUGGUUUCCAUCCCACCUCUUCAUCCCUCUGUCUCUUUAUACGUCUGUCCUCUCGUCUCAGAAGGUGAGCGUGUGAGCGCGGGGACAAAUGGAAGAAGCUACUUGACGGUGUUUGUCUUGUGUUCGAGGCAUUUCUCUGUUUGUGUGUUACCGAUGUCUCCACUGCUGUAGUGAGCCCCGUGUCGAGGCUUCACCGCUUCCUGUCGAUCAAAGUGUUUCAGAUUGUUUAAUGUAAUAUAUUAGAGACUAUUUUUUAUUUUGAUCCAAUCUUUUAAUUGUUCUUUCUGAAACUCACUGAUUUUAAGCUCAUUUAAGUGUCGACAUAAUUUGAAAUGAAAAACAUUAUGCUGUUCUUUUCUGUGUGUGUGUGUCUGUCUGUGUGUGUGUGUGUACAUCUGUGAGCCUGUGCGUGUGUGUACAUGCAUUUCUGUUUUGUUUUUUAGCAGUGCCAUCCCACUUAAGGUGGUAUUAAGCUGAGGUUUUUCUGGUUUCAGCCUCAGUGUUUGUCUUGUCUUCAGUGCAGUUUUCUUACAGACAAACUGUAGAAAGAAAAGUUUUUAACUGGUUGUUGACAAAAGUCUUUUGAGAUUAAUUGGUAAAAUUCAGAGAAGAGUUGAAAACACUAAAACCAGCAAUGUUUUUCUCAAUCUCUUCCAUGAGGAGAAUCCAUCUUUCAUGUAUCCGCCGCUUAAACGACUGUAAUUUGCAUCAGAUCUGAAGUCGUCUUGUGACCCACAAUCACAGACUCAGGACUCUGAGUAAACAGUUGAUGUAAAGAGACGUUUCUUUUCCACUCUGACUCAACAAUUCACAAGGAAAAAUGGAGAAAUGAGGGAGAAGAUAGAAAUGUUUUCUUUCUCUCAUAAAUCAUCCGGUUGACCUCUUAGAUUAUUUUGGGAUUCUGUGAGAUCCAAACAAAAUAAACUCCCCGGUUGGAAACUGCUCUUGUGAGUCUUUACAGCAGCAGGAUGGUUUCUGUAGGAUUAAAUAAAUCUAAAGUGCUGAUGAAGAAACCGUGAAAUGCUGCGGUCAAUUUAAUGUUUGGUUAGAAUAUGAUACUAAUUCUACAUUGUUGGUUUUGGUCUUUUCAUGGAAGUUGAUCCACCCACUUCUUCUAUUCUCCUGUGAAAUCAUACCCAGCCCUUCAAAGCUUAAGGAAAUGAUUCUAGUUCUUAGACUUUUUCCAGGAUUGUUUUAAUUAAAUAUUAAACUAUUAUGUAAAUUCUGGUUAUUCUUGGUCAUUGUUUGAGUCACUGAUUAAAGAAACAGCUCUGACACUUUUCUAUCGACGUCCAUGAUGAUAUUAAUCUUCAAAACCUUUUAAAUUCAUCUCUUUAGUUCCAGUUAUUUGGUUCGAAUCAGAGUGAGAGUAUCUUGGAUUUCAGUGAAAUGGCCGUAAGGUGUGUCAGACGUCUGUUCUUCUUCAGGUCUUAGACAAAUAAAGACAGAGAGCAGGAGCAGGAGGAGGAGGAGGAAGAGGAAGAUGCUCUAAUGACAUGAACAGACACAAUCUGCAGGAUUCUUCACAUGUUUGGGAUUGUUUUCUUCCUUUGUCCAAUUUCUCAAUCCUUUCUCCUGAUGGAAAACGCUGAGGUCGUUCAGACUCAAACACAGUCUGUCUCUGUGACCACUUUUAUUCUGUUGAAACUUAAAUCUUCUCUGUGUGUGUGUGUGUUUGUGUGCGUGAGUCUGUGUGUGUCUUUUAGUAACUGGCCCUCUCCUCUAUGUGACCGCAGGUUCCUGAGGGCUGCAGGGUGGCCGGGCGAUUUGAUUGGCUGGUGGAGGGCUCACGGUGAUUGCUGAUUAAUGGUGGUGCGGGUACACGAGGAAGAGAGAGAACUAGGAGGGGGAAAAGAGAGAGAGCGGGUGGGGGAAGAGAGGGGGAGUGGGCUGGGAGGGAGGUUUGCAUGUCUGCAUGAUCGGCAUUCGGGGGGGGGGUUACGAGAGGAGGAAGGGAGGGUUGUACCGAACGUAGAAGAUCCUGAAGCCAUAAGCUGGCAAUGAUUUACAGUGUUUAUGAUAUUACAGUUGGAUCCUAACAGGAGAGGAGCUGUCAGACCAGGAAGUGAUCACAAGCUCCAUCUAUUAGGUGACGAUGCUAAUGACGCAACAUCCCAGACACUGUGUCCCCAGGGGAAAGUCAUUCAUGUGGUUAUCAAGUAGAUUGACCUUGUGAUGACCUCUGUCCAGCUCGUGAGGAUUUCUCACUUCUCGUAAAUCGUUUGGAUAAUUUCUGACCCAUUCUAGAUUUUCCAUACUUUCCCAAAUCCGACUCCCAACACAGAUCAGGGUGUUAUUAACUCUCAGGCUCAGGUUUCGCUCACAGCAUCAAACUAACAGAAUCUGUGCUGCGCUGCUCCGACUCACUCCCGUCAUCAUCGUCUCUAUCUGUGCUCUGUUGGUGAUGUCUGCCUGAGCCACUCUGCUCCUCAUGCCUGUCCUCACUCAUCCAGUUGCAUGUUGUUAACGUGUCAUUAUCAAACAUGAGCAGGUGACCGCCACUGCACCUUCCUCUGUGUGUCUGUGUGUGUGUGUGUGUAACGUUGUCGAAUGUUGAAUGCCUUAUCUUCAUGAUGUGUUCAUGCAACCUGCAGCAUGAAUUUGUUUCCUUUGAUGUUUGUUGAAUGUCUCCCAAACAGCAGCUGGGUAAUAUCAGAUACUCAUUAGACAGAUAGCAGGACUAUCAGGUGCAAACAGGACCUCUCUCCUCCUCCUCCUCUUCCUCUUUCUCCUUCUUUUCCCACCUUUCCUCCUCUCUCCUGUGGUUGUAAUUCCACCAUCCGACCAGCAGGCGGCAGUCUUUCUUCACCAAAACCAGACUGGGCCCCCCCUUUUUUCUUUUACCAUCACCGAACAAACCAGUGGAAGCUCCGGGGACGUUGCAGGUCAGAUUCUGCCUUAAAACCUCACCUUGUGUUUUUGUUUUUCCAUGGAGGGAUUUUUCCACACACACACACACACACACACAUCUGGAUGUGUCGGCCACUGGACUACAUCUCCCAUCAGGCACCUGGGCUCGCCCUCAGCUUCAUCUACAUGAAAAGUUUUUUCUCAUUUCAUCGGUUGUAUUUGUGAAUGUGACGACUCGCACGCAUGAAUCCAAACACGUGGACGCACACACAGGGAACACCAGUCACACCAGAAACACCCUUUGGAGUCCCCUACACUUUAAAGCUGUGUGUUCACGUGUGUGUUACAUGUGUGACGUUAGUUUUUACCAUUGAAUGAUUUGUACAUAUCAUCUCUUACGUCAUGUUGAAUGUUUUUAGGUUGAUUGACACUCUUCAUGAGACGAACAGGUUUGAAUGGACCCGAUGCACUUUGCCCUGAAGUACUACAGCUAAUGAAUCUGAUUAGAAAUGAGCGAGUGAGCAGAUGAAUGUGCGAUGAAGUGUGAUCUUUAUGAAUGAAGCUUAGAGUAAUUCUCUCUUUUUAAAAUGGUUUUAUACUGGUUUUCUAACUUGUCAGAAAACUUCCUUUUUGCAUGAUUUUUCUAUAGAUUCUCAUUCUGGUGAUUUAUUUUGUAACCACUCAGCUUAUCUGUUCAGACAAAAUGAUAUUUAAGACGAUAAGCCACUAGCCUGUGUUUCUUGGAUGAAGCUGUGAAAUGUAUAGAGCGAUGCUGAAGAUGUUGUUACUUGAACUCCCCCCCCCCCCCCCCCCCCCCCCCGGUUUCACAACUACACGUAUCCUCCACUGACUUUUCCUCUAAUGGACAUUAAAGGGGUGUUUCAGAGAUUUUAAUAUUUCACCAGUGAGAGAAAAACAAGUUAUAUCUUCACUUUUUAGCUCCUGAUGUUGCUCAAACUACAAAUUUGAAGGACUAAACCUAAUUUAUGUUGAGAAAUUUUGAUGUGUAGAAUCUGAUAUAUCGUCUCUGACGUCUUUCUGCUGAUUUGGAUUGAAAUUUAUUGGGGAUUCAGUUCAUACAUGGCUGUAGCUAAUUAUUUACAUCAUUAAUUAAUCCAUUAGAAAAUUGUUCUCAUCUAUAAAACUUCAGAUGUCGUGUCCUGCCGUUACUAAAGCAAUUACCAUUACUACAAUUACUAUUGAUUUAUAAUUUUUCUAAUUGUUUGGUCCAUAAAAUAAUGAUUAAUAUCAGAAUCUUAACGAGCUCCAGGCGACGCCUUCCAGCUUCUAAUUUUGUUGAAUAAACAAAAAAAAUCCCAAUCCCCAAGAUUUUUCACUUAAAUCCAAGAGAAACGAUGAAUCUUUGCAUUUUAAGAAGCUGGAGCAAGUGAAAGUUUUAAUUUUACACUAAAAUUUAUAAAUUAUUUCAGUUCUAAAACCAAUACUCUGCUUGUUAUCGUAAUUGUAAAUGUGCACUAAGGCAAAGAGGAUCGUCCUGUGACGGUGACACAAGAAUAAAAACAUCGUCCUCACGUCAGAUGAGUGUUUGUGUUGCCGUCUGUUAAACUCAGUAAAUGAAACAAACUGUUAAAGAGACAUUUCACUCCGAAGACGUCUUGAAGUGAACUGUCCCUUUAAAUCGAAGCUGUCGCUGACACAGCAGUUUUGAAAAUGACCAAAAAAAUCAGAUUCCCAGGUGAUUUUCUUAACCGUUAUUAUGCCUAUAAACACUGAGCUGCGUAUUGUAAUAGCCGCUGUUCUUUAAUCCUGAAUAUCAUGCAGAAAUAAAUAAUAACAACUCAGCUUUGACAUGUUAAAUAUGAUAGAAGUUCCUUCUUGUACAAACAGUUCUCUACUGGAACCUCUGCCAAGCUACUGUGAUCGGCUGCUGUUUCUCCUCCAGCUAAAUAAAAGCCCACGUGUUGCUCUUCACAUUCUCAUUUUCAAACUCGUUUAUCGUCAAGCAUGAAAAUAAACAUCAACCUCUUUCCUAUCAUCAACUCAAACAGUCACAGUGAAUGAAAAGCAGCAGGUACUGGGUGUCUCAGCCGGAUAUCAACACGGCUAAUCCAUGUAAAUCUGUGUGUCUUUACCAUGUUGUAUAUGUUUUAAUAACCAAUGGCAGUACUUCUCUCCAUAUUGUUGUGCACAUGUUUUUACUUUGAAUGUUGUCGGACACUUUGUGAACAAAAUGCUUUUUUUGUUUCUUCUUCUUCUUCUUCCAAGAUAUUGUUCUAAUAAAAUAAGCAGCAAUGAAAAGUC